UUAGGCAGUAGGGAGUUUCUGCUAGGGUCUGGAUUGGAGUUACACACAGACCGGACCCUACCGUAUAUGAGUGGUGUCUGAGGAGAAAAGAGGAUCCCCCCCUUGCCGCAAAGAAUCUACAUGUCUAAUAUUUAGACAUGUUCAGCUUUGUGGAUUUUCGGUUAGCGCUUUUGCUUAGCGCAACAGUGCUUUUGGCGAGAGGUCAAGGCGAGGAUGAUAGCACAUUUGGCAGCUGCACAUCAGGUGGACAGUCAUACAACGACAAGGAUGUAUGGAAACCAGAGCCUUGCCAAAUCUGCGUGUGCGACAGUGGGACUAUUUUGUGCGAUGAGGUGAUCUGUGAGGACACAUCUGAAUGCGACGACCCUUACAUCCCAGACGGAGAAUGCUGCCCUAUCUGCAAUGGAGACUCGCCUUCAGUAGUUGAGAUACCCCCAGGACCCCCAGGCCCCAAUGGAGAUCAGGGUCCUGUUGGUCCUCCUGGCCCUGAUGGAAUCCCCGGACAGCCUGGCCUCCCCGGCCCACCUGGCCCCCCUGGCCCCCCUGGCCUUGGCGGAAAUUUCUCUCCUCAAAUGAGCUACUCUGACCCCUCAAAGUCCAGUGGUCCACCUGUUCCUGGCCCAAUUGGUCCUGCAGGUCCCCGUGGUCCUAUUGGAUCUCCUGGUUUCUCUGGUCCUCCAGGUUCCAAUGGACCUCCUGGGGAGCCUGGUGAGCCCGGAGCUCCUGGUCCCAUGGGUCCCCGUGGUUCUGGUGGCCCCCCUGGAAAGAAUGGAGAUGAUGGUGAGCCUGGCAAGGCUGGACGCCCCGGUGAGCGUGGAGCUGCUGGCCCUCAGGGUGCUCGUGGAUUCCCCGGAACUCCAGGACUCCCUGGCAUGAAGGGACACAGAGGUUUCAGUGGUCUAGAUGGAGCCAAGGGAGACGCAGGACCUGCUGGCCCUAAGGGAGAGCCCGGUGCCUCUGGUGAGAACGGUAUCCCUGGUGCUAUGGGUGCUCGUGGUCUUCCUGGUGAGAGGGGCCGUCCUGGACCUUCUGGACCCUCUGGUGCUCGUGGUAAUGAUGGCAACACUGGUGCUGCUGGUCCUCCUGGACCUACUGGAUCUGCUGGUCCUCCUGGAUUCCCUGGUGGUGCUGGUGCUAAGGGUGAAACUGGUCCUCAGGGAGGCCGUGGACCUGAAGGAGCCCAAGGAGCCCGUGGUGAGCCUGGUAAUCCAGGACCUGCUGGACCCGCUGGACCUGCUGGUGCUCCUGGAUCUGAUGGUACCUCAGGUUCUAAGGGUGCUCCUGGUGCUGCUGGUAUUGCUGGUGCUCCUGGUUUCCCUGGUGCUCGUGGUCCUGCUGGAGCUCAGGGAGCUGUUGGUGGUCCUGGUCCCAAGGGUAACAAUGGUGACCCCGGUCCUUCUGGUCCUAGGGGAGAGCCUGGUGCCAAGGGUGAGCCUGGCCCCGCUGGACUUCAGGGACUCCCCGGCCCCUCUGGUGAGGAAGGAAAGAGAGGACCUCGUGGCGAGCCUGGUGGUGCUGGAGCCCGUGGACCUCCUGGAGAGCGUGGUGGCCCUGGUGCUCGUGGUUUCCCUGGUUCUGAUGGAGGUGCUGGAGGCAAGGGUGCCCCUGGUGAGCGUGGUGCCCCUGGAGCAAUGGGAGCUCAAGGUGCCACUGGUGAGAGUGGAAGCUCUGGUGCUCCUGGUGCUCCCGGAUCCAAGGGUGUGACCGGUAGCCCUGGAUCCCCUGGCCCUGAUGGCAAAGCUGGACCUGCUGGUGCUCCUGGACAAGAUGGUCGUCCUGGACCUGCUGGCCCCACUGGAGCCAGAGGACAACCUGGUGUUAUGGGUUUCCCAGGACCCAAGGGAGCUGGUGGUGAGGGUGGUAAACCUGGUGAGAGAGGUGUUCCUGGAUCUAUUGGCGCUGUUGGUGCCCCUGGCAAAGAUGGUGAUGUUGGUGCUCCUGGACCUUCUGGCCCUGCUGGACCUGCUGGAGAGAAGGGAGAGCAGGGACCUGCUGGUCCUCCUGGAUUCCAGGGUCUUCCUGGACCUCAAGGUGCUACUGGUGAGACUGGCAAACCUGGUGAGCAGGGUGUUAAUGGUGAGGGUGGUCCCCCUGGCCCAUCUGGAGCCAGAGGUGACAGAGGUUUCCCUGGUGAGCGUGGUGCUCCUGGUCCUGUUGGUCCAACUGGACCCCGUGGUGCUUCUGGCCCUGCUGGUAACGAUGGUCCUAAGGGAGAGCCUGGUGCUGGUGGUGCCCCUGGUGGUGUGGGAGCCCCCGGUAUGCAGGGAAUGCCUGGCGAGCGUGGAUCUUCUGGUCUCCCCGGUGUCAAGGGUGAGAGAGGUGAUGGUGGUCCUAAGGGAGUUGAUGGUGUCCCUGGUAAAGAUGGCGUGCGCGGUCUGACUGGUCCUAUCGGAGUCCCUGGACCUCCUGGUGCUCAGGGUGAGAAGGGUGAGGGUGGUCCUGUUGGAGUUGCUGGACCCACUGGUCCUCGUGGUGCCCCUGGUGAGCGUGGAGAGAAUGGACCUCCUGGACCUGCUGGAUUUGCUGGACCUCCUGGUAUUGAUGGUCAGCCUGGUGCCAAGGGAGAGAGUGGUGAGACUGGACCCAAGGGAGAUGCUGGUGCUCCUGGACCUGCUGGACCUGUUGGAGCUGCUGGUCCUCAGGGACCUGCUGGCCCUCCUGGACCCAAAGGUGCUCGCGGUGGUGCUGGAGCCCCUGGUGCUACUGGUUUCCCUGGACCUGCUGGCAGAGUUGGACCCCCUGGCCCUUCUGGAGCUGCUGGACCCCCUGGGCCUGUUGGGCCUGUUGGCAAAGAUGGCGCAAGAGGAGCUCGUGGUGAGACUGGUGCUGCUGGUCGCCCUGGUGAGGCUGGUGCUGCUGGAGUGCCAGGACCCGCUGGAGAGAAGGGAUCCCCUGGUGCUGAUGGAGCUGCUGGUACCGCUGGUAUCCCUGGACCCCAAGGUAUUUCUGGACCACGUGGUAUUGUAGGUCUCCCUGGACAACGUGGAGAGCGUGGUUCUGCUGGCCUGCCUGGACCAUCUGGUGAGCCUGGAAAGCAGGGACCCUCUGGACCUGUUGGUGAGCGAGGACCCCCUGGACCAGCUGGACCUCCUGGACAGUCUGGUGCUCCUGGAGAGGCUGGUCGUGAGGGAUCCAUUGGUCAUGAUGGUGCUCCUGGUCGCGACGGGGCCACUGGCCCCAAGGGAGACCGUGGUGAGAGUGGUAUGUCUGGACCCCCUGGACCUCCUGGUGCUCCUGGAGCCCCUGGUGCUGUUGGCCCCUCUGGCAAGACUGGUGACCGUGGAGAGAGUGGUCCCGCUGGUUCUGCUGGUCCUUCUGGCCCCGCUGGUGUCCGUGGUCCUGCUGGCCCUGCUGGUGCUAAGGGAGAUAGAGGAGAGGCUGGUGAGGCUGGAGACAGAGGCCACAAGGGACACAGAGGAUUUUCUGGCAUGCAGGGUCUGCCCGGAACUGCUGGACCUUCUGGAGAGAGAGGACCUGCUGGUGCCUCUGGAUCUGCUGGACCACGAGGACCUUCUGGAAACAGUGGUUCCCCUGGUAAGGAUGGUAUGAACGGCAUGCCUGGACCUAUUGGACCCCCUGGACCUCGUGGUCGCAACGGAGAGAUGGGACCUGCUGGUCCUCCUGGACCUCCUGGACCCGCUGGACCUCCUGGAGCUCCCGGAGGUGGAUUUGACUUCAUCAGCCAGCCAGUUCAGGAGAAGGCCCCCGAUCCCCUGCGUGGUGGCUACCGUGCCGAUGAUCCCAACAUGAUGCGUGACCGUGACAUGGAGGUUGAUACCACACUCAAGACCCUCACUCAGAAGGUCGAGAAGAUCCGCAGCCCCGAUGGUUCCCAAAAGAGCCCUGCACGCAUGUGCCGUGACCUGAGGAUGUGCCAUCCUGAGUGGAAGAGCGGCAUGUACUGGGUUGACCCCAACCAGGGCUCUGCUCUGGAUGCCGUCCAGGUCCACUGCAACAUGGAGACUGGAGAGACUUGCAUCUACCCAAGUGAGUCCACCAUCCCCAUGAAGAACUGGUACCUCAGCAAGAACAUCAGAGAGAAGAAGCACGUCUGGUUCAGCGAGUCCAUGACCGGUGGAUUCCAGUUCCAGUAUGGCAGCACUGAAGCUGAUCCUGAGGAUGUCAGCAUCCAGAUUGCCUUCAUGCGCCUGAUGUCCAGCCAGGCCUCUCAGAACAUUACAUACCACUGCAAGAACAGCAUUGCCUACAUGGAUUCUGCCACCAGCAACCUGAAGAAGGCCCUGCUUCUCCAGGGCUCCAACGACGUCGAGAUCAGAGCCGAGGGCAACAGCCGCUUCACAUACAGCGUCGGCGAGGAUGGCUGCACGUCACACACUGGCACAUGGGGCAAGACAGUCAUCGACUACAAGACAUCAAAAACAUCUCGCCUGCCCAUCAUUGACAUUGCUCCUAUGGAUGUUGGUGCACCUGAUCAGGAAUUUGGCGUCGAAGUUGGCCCCGUUUGCUUCUUGUAAAAAUGAAAGAAACAUGGACAUGACAUUGUUGUUUUUUUUUCUAGCAGUCAUCUCUAAAUCCUUUUUUUCUAUGCAAUCAAAACUCAUUCGGCUGCCAUUGGUCCACAUGCUUAAAACCACUCUGCUGAAGACGGUGUUUGUGUUUUUAUCAAUCAUGAGAAGAUUUUUGGGACUGCUACUUCAACUGAAACCAACUACGAGGACACUUUAAAAAGAAUCUUUGUUUCCACUGGCAACAAGAAAAUAAUAUAUACUUGUGUAAAAUUUCCCCUUGGAAAUUGAGAAAAAGAACAUAAAAAACAUCGACACACUCAAUGAAACACAGGUGACUUUUGCCAUUUUCUACCACUGCAGAAGGACAUUGAAAACAACAUAUGAUAUGUACCAUUUUCUGGUGUUAAAUAAAUUGUAAAAAGUGUGAAGUGUCUUCUUGAUCUCAAAUCAUGAAAAAAAAGAAAGAAAGAAAAAAAAAACACCUGAAUUUUGGUCCAACAAAUGAGCAAGUCAGCUCACCUUCAUUGGAAUAUGUAAAUGGCUACCUCAUUAAAAGAAGUCACCCUCGAAUUUUCUUAAACGAAAAGGGUAUAUUAUCCACAAGUCUUUUGGGGGCAAAUUAAACCAUCCAAUGGUGCUAUUACCAGUUCAAUGAGGUCCAGUUAUUGGUAUUUGAUGGUGAAAAUCUCACUGUCGUACUGUAAUUGUUGCCACUAAGACCUGUAGAACUUUGGUGCUACUAAAUUGACUCAUUGUCUUGUUGUCUAUGCAGUGCAAUUGUUUUCUUCUUAAGUGUUGGUUUGAUAACAGAGGCCCUCUGAAAAGGUGACCAUUGCAGAUGUAAUGCAUGCCAUCAUGUCUUUGUAGAUACAAGCAAGUGACUUCUGGUUCAAUAACAUUUCCUUGCCCUGUGUUCAUUGUUGAUCCUUCUGUCUGUUUGUCCCUGUGGAAAACGCCUCUUCAUUAUAAACAAAGAAAAAACAAGACAGCACACAUCUUCCACCCUGUUGUUUAUGUUGUUUGUUGAUGUCUUUUUCGCGAAGGGUUUCUUAAAAAAAAAAUUGAAGCAGACCCACUUUCAUGGUUUAAAAGAGAGAUUCUGUACUUAUUUUGUACAUGUAUAAUAAAUCAAGAUGUUUUUAAUUAUUUUGGGUGCUGAAAUAAAGCAUGUGAAGUGGUCUA